AGAGACGUGGAAAGCGUCUAAACGGAAAUGUCUAGGGUUUCCUCCAUAGCAAGCUAAAGCUACAUUGUGCACUAUUGUUGUUUAGCAAUAGUAAAUAUAUUAGCUACCAAUAUAAUUUCUAACAAGGUUUGAAGUUAGAUAGUUACGUUGUAUCAUUAGACUCACAUCUGUUAUUUUCACUUUUAACGUGCACUUGCUGCAAGCAACGUUUUAGCCUGCUAGCUUGGUAGCUAGAAUGACAAGUAGGAUAGACUACAGCGUGUGGGACCACAUUGAGGUUUCAGAUGAUGAAGAUGACACUCAUCCAAACAUCGAUACACCCAGCCUUUUCAAAUGGAGACAUGAGGCGCGUGUGGAACGGAUGGACCAGUUCAUAAAGGCUGGGGAGGACCUGGAGAAGGGGCUAGCUGAAUCUAAGCGCAAGUUGACUGAAGCACAGAAGAAGACCAAGAAUCUGUCCAGUUCAGUCACGGACGAUGCCAAAGCCGAGCUGAGCAAGGCACAGGCCGAGGAGAAGAGGCUGAAGAAGGAGGAGCGAGACUGGGAGAAGAAACUGGAGGACCACCGGCGGGAAGAGAAGAAGAUGCCAUGGAAUGUAGACACACUCUGCAAGGAGGGCUUCAGCAAGAGUGUUAUGAAUGUUAAGCCAGAUGUGAAGGAGGAGACCGAGGAGCAGAAAGAGCAGAAACACAAGACCUUUGUGGAGAAGUAUGAGAAAGAGAUCAAACACUUUGGUAUGAUGAAACGCUGGGACGACAGCCAGAAGUACCUAUCAGACAACCCUCACCUGGUGUGUGAGGAGACUGCCAACUACCUAGUCAUCAUGUGCAUUGACCUGGAGGUGGAGGAGAAGAAAGCGCUGAUGGAGCAGGUGGCCCACCAGACCAUAGUGAUGCAGUUCAUCCUGGAGCUGGCUAAGAGCCUGAAGGUGGAUCCCCGCGGUUGCUUCCGUCAGUUCUUCGACAAGAUAAAGACUGCAGAUCAGCAGUAUCAGGAUGCCUUCAAUGAUGAGCUGGAGUCCUUUAAGGAGAGGGUGCGCGGCAGGGCCAAGAUCCGCAUCGAGAGGGCCAUGAAGGAGUACGAAGAGGAGGAGAGACAGAAACGCCUGGGGCCCGGAGGACUGGAUCCUGCCGAGGUGUAUGAGUCCUUACCUGAGGAGAUGCAGAAAUGUUUUGACGAGAAGGACAUUGCCAUGUUGCAGACUGUCAUCACGAAGCUGGACCCAACGGAGGCUAAGGUCCACAUGAAGAGAUGCAUCGACUCUGGGCUGUGGGUCCCUAACUCACGGGCAGACGAGGGAGAUGACAAGGAGGAGGAUGCUACUUAUGAAGAGCUGAAUAAGGAGAUGGGCGAACAGAAGAUAGAAUGAUUGACAUGAAUUGACUUUACGAUGAUGAUAUUUUCAUCUAUGUAGUCGUCACUUCUAUUGUUACUCCCAAUGUUUUUUCAUGAAUUUCUCCUUAGCGCUUUGGAACAAUGUAACCUCUCUGUGGCGAUGUCCACUCUUUGUGGACAACAAUAUCACACCAAUAUCACUUGCUGAAUGCUCUUCUUUUUUUUAAACAAUUCUUGCUUGGGCCUUAUUAGUAAAGCUGUAUUCUUAAACGUG